CAUUCCCUCCAAACCUAUUUACAGUCAACAUAACCACUCAACUUCAAAGCAAAAUUUUCAAAUGAUUUACAGAACCAUAGCAUCCACAGUUCAAAAAGACAGAAACUUCUUCAUAACCUUAAUCAACCAAUCCACAACACUCUCACAUCUAAAUCAAACACAUGCUCAUUUAAUCCGUAAUAACUUAAGCACUGAUCUCAUAACAAUCACAAAACUAACACACAAAUUUUUUGACUUUAAAGCCAUUAAUAAAGCCAAAAAUGUGUUCUUUAACUUUAAUAAAACUAACCCACCUGAUCUUUUUCUUUAUAAUGUAUUAAUUAGAGGGUAUUCAAAAAACAAUUUGCUUUUUGAAUCUUUAUCACUUUAUUUACAACUUAUCAAGAAUACAACACUUAAACCUGAUAAUUUCACUUUUGCUUUUCUUGUUUCGGGGUUUUCGGGUUUUUUUUCAAAUGGUUAUGAAAAAGUUGGGAUUUUGAUACAUGGGCAUGUGUUAGUUAGUGGAUUUAGUAAAGAUGUGUUUGUUGGAUCAGCAUUGGUUGAUAUGUACAUGAAUUUUUCAAGAAUUGGUUAUGCGUAUAAGGUGUUCGAUGAAAUUACUGAAAGAGAUAGUGUUUUGUGGAAUACUAUGGUGUCUGGAUUGGUGAGGAAUUGCUGUUUUGAAGAGAGUGUAGGUGUUUUUCGCAAUAUGAUCGCGAAAGGGACAAAGUUUGAUUCGACGACGUUGGCUGUGGUGCUUACAAGUGUUGCUGAGUUGCAAGAAUUGAGGAAUGGAAUGUUGAUACAUUGUUUGGCUGUUAAAAUGGGGUAUCAUAAUCAUGAGUAUGUUCUUACUGGUUUGAUUUCGUCGUAUUCAAAAUGUGGCGAUGUUUCCACUGCUAAAUUAUUGUUUGGGCUGAUAAAAGAGCCUGAUUUGAUUUCAUGUAAUGCUAUGAUUGCUGGUUUUUGUUUUAAUAAUGAGAAUGAAUCUUCAGUGAGGUUAUUUAGAGAAUUGCUUGUUCAAGGGGAGAAAGUUAAUUCUAGUACCAUUGUUGGUUUGAUUCCUGUUUCUUGUCCUUUUGGUCAUUUGAACCUUACAUGUUGUAUCCAUGGUUUUUGUGUGAAAUCUGGGAUGGUCUCGAAUCCUUCGGUUUCUACUGCUUUGACUACAGUUUAUAGCCGACUCAGUGAAAUGGAAUUUGCGCGGAGGCUGUUUAAUGAGUCUCCAGGGAAAACCUUAGCUUCUUGGAAUGCCAUGAUAUCAGGUUAUGCCCAAAAUGGUUUAACGGAAAUGGCUAUAUCUCUUUUUCGGGAAAUGCAGAAGUUAGAUAUCCAUCCUAAUCCUAUCACAAUCACGAGUAUACUUUCUGCAUGUGCCCAACUUGGAACGUUAAGUAUGGGAAAAUGGGUCCAUGAUUUAAUAAAGAAGGAGAAAUUUGAGUCCAACAUUUAUGUGUUAACUGCUUUAGUUGACAUGUAUGCAAAGUGUGGGAAUAUUGAGGAGGCACGGCAAGUAUUCGACGGCAUCACAGAGAAAAAUGUGGUUACUUGGAAUACUAUGAUUUCAGCUUAUGGCCUCCAUGGGCGUGGUCGAGAGGCAUUGGUGCUGUUUGAUCAAAUGCUUGAUUCUGGAGUUUCCCCAAGUGGGGUAACUUUCCUUUGUGUCUUGUAUGCUUGUAGUCAUGCUGGUUUAGUAGAAGAAGGUGAGAAAAUAUUCCAUUCUAUGGUUCAUGAUCAUGCCACUGAACCAUUAUCGGAACAUUAUGCCUGCAUGGUGGACCUUUUGGGCCGAGCUGGAAAACUAGAAAAAGCUUUGGAAUUUAUUUAUUCGAUGCCUCUUGAACCAGGUCCAGCCGAGUGGGGUGCAUUACUCGGUGCUUGCAUGGUCCACAAAAAUGUUGACUUGGCUCGCUUGGCUUCGGAUAAGUUAUUCGCAAUGGACAUGGGAAAAAGUGUCGGAUACUAUGUUUUACUUUCAAACAUCUAUUCAGCAGACCGGAAUUAUUUUCAAGCUGCUUCAGUUAGGAAAGUUCUUAGAAACAAGAAUCUAGCAAAGACCCCUGGGUGCACUUUAAUUGAGGUUAAUGGCUACCAGCAUGUCUUUACGUCCAGCAACCAGUCACAUCCUCAAGCAACGGCUAUUUACGCAAAGCUAGAGGAGCUGAUGGAAAAGAUGAGGGAGGCUGGAUUUCACUCAGAAACCAGCACAGCAUUGCAUGAUGUUGAGGAAGAGGAGAAGGAGUUAAUGGUCAAAGUUCAUAGUGAGAAGUUAGCUAUUGCUUUUGGACUUUUAACUUCUGAACCUAGAACUGAAAUCAAAAUCAUCAAGAACCUAAGGGUUUGUGUGGAUUGCCAUAAUUUCACCAAGUUUGUAUCCAAGGUUACAGACAGGGUUAUUGUUGUAAGGGAUGCCAACAGGUUUCAUCAUUUCAAAGACGGAGAGUGUUCAUGUGGGGAUUAUUGGUAAAAAGGACUUUUACCUGCCAAAUAUGUUAACUCAGCCCUUUAGGAUCGUUACGGCAGUCAAUGAAGCCAGUGUGUGUUUACCUUGUGUUUAAAUCCACUUCUCAUAAGAACAAGGGCAACAGGAUUGCUGAAUCCACUUAUCCGACAUGCAAUGUAAAAGGUUCAAGUUUAUCCGUGCCAUUAUUUGCUGUUUAUUUCAAGUAGGUGAGACGGUAUGUCUCGUGAGAAAAACUGAGCGGAAGGACUCUUUUACAUGUAAAAUACUGUUUUGAGUACAAAUGUAGUUUAGGGAAGAUUUAAAUCUCUUCUUUAGUCAUGAAAACUGCUUGUUUGCAUAUUUUACGUAAUUUCAGAUUGUUUGAGCAAAAUCAAUAAAUAUCAUUAUAUGU